UGAAAUGGAAACAACUACCAGAACGAGGUUCAACCUUCGCACCUAUACUAAGAAAGUUUUAGAUGUCAAAGCUGCAAUCUCCAAGCCAACUUCGAGGGUUCAAUGGCAGGAAAACAUUCCAUACAUUUGGUUGGAAUCCAUAUUGUACGUAUGCCAUCAAGGAAAAGACAUUGGUGCCUGUGCAAAAAAGAAGUAUGCUGCUCAACGAGAUUUAAAGGCAAUGGAUGACCACAUAUUUGUGAAGCGAUACAAAAAAGUUCAGACAACAAAAAAACUAGACUGUCCUGCAAAAAUUACUGUCAAGAGAGUAGUCCGAUUUAUGAAUCACCAGGUGACUGAUGAAAUGACAGAUGUGAAAAAACGAGCUGCCUCCAAGUUAAUCAAGAAAUCAAUAUCGGAUGAGACAGAUUUAGGAGAAGAGUGCUAUUUUUACAACUUUCCAACUCAAGAUGAGCACAAAAAUCAUCUUAUUGGAGAAGAAGCUGAUGCAGUUGAACCAGUCGACAAAAGAACAUAA